AUGACUCGUCGAAGAAAUGACUCAGUAACUGAGCAACUCUCUUCACUAAAACAAGAGCGAACAUCAGUGGAACGAAACAUGCUAAGCAUAAAGGCGAAGGUAGAGAAGGAAUUAGCGUUUGUGGAUGUUAACAUUUUAGAAUGUCGACUGCAAAUUUUGGAAUCGUAUUUUACAGAAGUUUGUCAAAUACAAAGUAAAAUUGAACGAGCAUGUCCGGAUGAUGAUAGGCGUAGCAAAUUAGAGGACAUAUAUGUCAGCAUAAAAUCACUUAUUGUGGCCACAAUCAACAAUCAAAAAAUAAGGCCGAUACAUGAAUCAAGUGUAUUGAAUUCGUCGAUAUUAAACAACUCCUCACAUCAUAGUCGUUUACCAGCAUUGAAAUUGCCAAGAUUUGAUGGUAAAUACAGCGAAUAUAAACGUUUUUUCUCUGCGUUUACAAAUUUAAUUCACAACGACCCGUCGAUAACAACAAUUGAUAAAUUUAAUUAUCUUUUAAGUUGUCUUUCGGGUGCGGCGUUGAGCGUAGUACAACCAUUUCAAAUAACCGAGGAAAAUUAUACAAAGGCUCUAACGCAAUUACAAUUGAGAUAUGACAAAAAGGUCUUAAUUUUUAUGGAACAUAUUAAUUCCCUUUUUUUUAUUAAAGAUAUGACGAAGGGCGACUCAAUCACACUCAGGCAUAUUGUAGAUACAGUGUCUGCUUUAUUCGGUUCACUUCUAUCGUUGGGUUCGGAAGCAGACAUUCUGAACGCCAUAAUUAUUCAUUUAGUAUUGUCUAAAGUGGAUAACGAAACUAAAAUUUUUUAUGAUUCUCAGCAAGAUUUUGAGUCAUUGCCAUCUUGGGAAAGUUGCUACACACUUUUGAGUCGAAGAUGUCAAUUUCUGGAAAGCAAUUCGAAAAGAUGCAAUAAUGAUAAAGUAAAUGAUACCAAAAAUAAUUCUUUUAACAGAAAAUUGACCACAUUUGUUAACACCAAAAUCAAUUGUAUGAAGUGUAAUGGAGGAGACCACAGCCUAGGAUCAUGUCCAUCGUUUGUAAAACUGACUUUUAACGACAAAUUCAAAUUCGUAAAAGAUCUUUCUGUUUGCUUAAAUUGUCUACGCAAAGGGCACGUCGUUAAAAAUUGUCAAUCCACAGCUCGCUGUCGAAUAUGCAAUGGUAUGCAUCAUACGUGUUUGCAUAAAUUCAAACCCAUCGAGCAAAAUGUGAGACCAAAUUUGUCAGACAAUCCACCUGGACAACUAAAUUUUCCGCAAUCUCCAUCAAUUUCUCUAGUAUCGCGUACUAAACAACGAUCAUUGAUUCCCACAGCUGUAGUACUUAUUAAGGAUAAAUACGGUUUAUACCAACCUAUACGAGCAUUACUGGACUCUUGUUCAGAGAUAAGUUUUAUCACUGAAAAGAUGGCAAAGCAACUUCAAUUACCAUUUGAGCGAAUAAACCAGGAAGUGUCAGGCAUUGGUGAUGUUAGAACACAAAUUCGCCAUUCAAUAACUGCAACUAUAAAAUCUCGAAUAUCAAAAUUUGAAUGGUCAUCGCAAUUCGCUGUCACUAAACGUAUCUCAUUGAACCAUCCAGAGCAGUUGAUAGACACAACAUCGUGGAAUUUUCCUGAAGGCCUUGUUUUAGCUGAUCCAUUAUUUUUUAAACCACAACACAUUGACUUAUUAAUAAGUACGCAGGGAUUUUUUGAAUUAAUAUUAGAUGGGAAAAUUUCGUUAGGCACCAGCCUUCCAUGUUUAUUAAAUACCGAAUUAGGGUGGAUCAUCGGAGGACAAUAUAUAAAUACGCCUACUGUCCGGGAGGAGUUGGAUUGUGAGAAACAUUUUGUAGAAAAUACCACAAUUAUAAGCAAUGGUCAAAUACAAGUUCGAUUACCAUUUAAAGAGUCCCCAGAAGUCUUAGGUGAAUCAUUUGAAAUGGCGAAACGAAGAUUCCUUUCACUUGAGCGUCGAUUAGAGCGUCAGCAGACUCUCAAAGAGGAUUAUGUUAAGUUCAUGCAAGAAUAUUUGAUGUUAGGUCAUAUGAGUCGUGUCGACAACUUUGACAAUAUCACACCGCACUAUAUAAUACCUCAUCAUUGCAUAUUGCGGCCUCAAAGUACCAUAACAAAAUUGCGCGUCGUAUUUGAUGCAUCUGCACGCACAUCAUCGGGUCGAUCACUUAAUGAAAUCUUAAUGGUGGGACCUACAAUUCAGCAGGAUCUUAUUUUGACAUUAUUGACAUUUCGUUUACAUCGCUAUGCACUGACUGCGGAUAUAUCAAAAAUGUAUCGACAGUUUGUAGUUGAUCCAAGAGAUCGUAAUUUUCAAUUAGUUAUUUGGAGAAAUACUGUUAAUGAACCUCUGCAACUUUUUCAGCUCAACACAGUAACUUACGGAAUGUCAGCAGCACCAUUUCUGGCCAUCAGAAGCCUGACUUACCUUGCAAAUGCGUAUCAAAAGGAGAUGCCAAUUGGAGCUUCAGUUUUGAGCAAUGACUUGUAUGUUGAUGACUUGCUAACGGGAGCAGACACAGUUGAAGAGCUUUGCAUCAAAGUAUCACAAGUGAAUAAAAUAGCAGCAAAUGCAGGAUUACAAUUGGCAAAAUGGAGCUCCAACCACAAAAAUUGGGUAAACUCAAGUGACGAACACCAAAUUCUUUUAAACGAAGAUGAUAUUACCAAAACUCUCGGUUUGGCGUGGAGGCCAUUAGAUGACGUUUUUUGCUUUCAAUAUAAGCAACAAGAGUCAAAGGCUGCGACCAAACGUACUAUUUUAUCAGUUGUUGCUCGAAUUUUUGAUCUUUUAGGACUAUUGAGUCCUAUUGUUAUACGGUGUAAAAUCUUAAUACAGGAAUUAUGGAUUCAUCAACUGGGUUGGGAUGAUCCAUUGCCUCCACUUCUAAACCAAUCAUGGAUACAAAUUCAAUCUGAUUUGGAAUAUCUUAACCACAUUGAAGUGCCAAGAUAUGUUUUAACAUCAUCAGCUUGCUACAGUCAGGUACACGGAUUUGCCGAUGCUUCUCAACGAGCAUUCGGAUGUUGUAUAUAUAUUCGGUCAAAGCAUAAUGGCUUUUACAAAUCUUCGUUGUUGAUAUCGAAAUCAAAGGUGGCGCCGAUAAAAGCAGUAUCGCUGCCUCGUUUAGAAUUAUGCGCUGCCGUACUUCUUUGUAAAACUUGGAACAAAAUAAAACCCAAAGUAUUACCAUUUAUUAAUGAAAUCUUUUUUUGGACAGAUUCUAAAAUUGUGUUACAUUGGAUGAAGAUGCAUUCGUCAACUUUAAAUUGUUUUGUAGCUAACCGUGUUUCUGAACUGCAGGACUAUUCGCGUGGCAUUAUGUGGAGUCACGUCCCAAGUAAGCAAAACCCAGCUGAUAUAGUAUCUCGAGGCUGUCGAGCAAGCGAGCUGAAGGAUUCGAUUUGGUUUUGUGGACCAAAGUUUUUGUCGCUUCAAUCAGCAGAAUGGCCAAAAGAAACAUCAAAAACUGAAUUUCUCGCAAAGGACCUUGAACAACGAAAACCUACAGUCUUGAAAUGUAGCAACAAUGGUAUCGAUGAACAUAUAUUCAAUAAAAUUAUUGACGAUUUUUCCUCAUUUCGUCGUAUUGUUCGAAUUAUAUCAUAUAUCUUUCGAGUCUUUAACAAAGUACCAAUAAACAAAAAUCAAACCGUAAACGACGUGAGUCCAAUUACAGUGCGUGAAUUUCAAGAAUCAUUUUGGCGUAUUAUAUCCCACCUUCAACAUUGUACAUAUCGCAGUGUAAUAUUAUCACUUCAAUCGGGUAAAAUCUUGAAUCCAGACUUGCAAAAACUAAACCUCUUUUUGGAUAAAACGGUCACUACAAGCGGAACAUUUAAUAUAAUUCGAGUAGGAGGACGAUUGACCAAUGCACCAAUAGGCUUUGAUGCAAAAUUUCCAGCUUUAUUGCCACGUGAUCAUCGGUUUGCUCAAAUUUUUGUGGAAUACUUACAUCGUAAACACAUGCACGUUGGUCCUAAGGUUUUAAUUAGUCUAAUACGCUCUCAAGUAUGGAUAAUUAAUGCUCGGGAAGUAGCUCGAAAGGUAGUGCGUAACUGCGUUCACUGUUUCCACUAUAAACCGAAGCUGUUACAACAAAUCAUGGGUUCGCUGCCAGCUGAUCGAUUAGUUGCAAACCGACCAUUUCUAAUAUCAGGAGUUGAUUUAUGUGGACCAUUUUAUACCACAUAUCGUAUUCGUAGUAAAGUUCCAUAUAAAACUUAUAUUGCAAUUUUUGUCUGCUUUUCAUCAAAAGCAGUUCACACUGAAUUAAUAUCAGAUUUAUCCACUAAUAAUUUCAUUCUAGGCCUAAAAAGAUUCAUAUCACGUCGUGGACUGCCGCAGCGCAUUUAUUGUGACAAUGCAACAAAUUUCACUGGCGCGCAGACACUACUAAAUAAAUUUAAAGAACAAUUUUUCAGUCAGCAAGGGCUUAGAGAAAUGCAAGAGUACAGCAACAAUACUGGAUUUGAGUUUAAGUUCAUUCCGCCAAGAGCACCUCAUUUUGGUGGACUUUGGGAGGCGUCGGUGAAAUCUCUCAAAACAUUAUUAUUAAAAAAUUUGGCACAAUCUAGCCUAACUUACGAAGAAUUACAAACCGUGAUUAUUGAAGCUGAAGCGAUUUUAAAUUCCCGGCCAAUAAUUCCAUUAUCAGACGAUCCGAACGAUGGUGAGGCUUUAACGCCUGCACACUUAUUAAUAGGCUCUUCGUUAAUUACAAUUCCUGAAAGGAAUUAUACAAUAAGCAACAUAUCAUAUUUAUCUCGUUGGCAACGUGUUACGUAUUUAAAACAGCAAUUUUGGGAAAUGUGGCGGCGUGACUAUUUACACACUUUGCAGCUUAGAUCUAAAUGGCUUAAACCUGAAGCUAAUAUCACUGUUGGUCGUUUGGUAAUUAUUCACAAUGACAAUCUUCCUCCACAACACUGGCAACUGGGCAGGAUUGUGGAAACUAUAACAGGUAAAGAUGGAAGAAUUCGCGUAGUAGAUAUUCGCACUAACCAGGGUGUGCUUCGGCGGCCUAUCCACAAAAUUGCACCACUCCCUAUCGAUUAA